ACCACACCACGCAAAUCGAUACGACAAACCAAGAGGGCUACUCUCGUCAUUCCACUCCUCACACGUUAUAGGCCCCAGAUCCCCUCCCGCCCUUCACCGGGAUACCUCACCCGCCUUCCCUUACAUCACCAAUGGCAGAUGUCACCUACCUCCGCCACCGCGAACCCGACGACGACCCUCACCUUCCUGAGCAGACCCUAACUCUUGAUUCUAUCCCCUACCGGUCUCACUCCGAUUUUGAUUUCGAUUUCGACUUCUAUCCUUCCGAUCCAGAAUUCACUCCGGCCGAUCCGCCCCCUCGCCCUCACAACGCCUCUCGCGAUCGUGGAUUGUCUCAUCGAUUUGAAUCCGCCAUCUCUGUACGAGGUGACGAUAACUUCUCGGACCCUGGUUCGAUUCCCAUCACCGAUCUGUUGGACCGCGAAAAUCAGGUAAAUUUCGUUAUGGAUCUGAUUCAGCAGCGUGUUGAGCAAUCGCAGGUCAUGGUUCACGGUGAUUUGGUCUCCGAAGUGCUGGAUGAUUCUAAUUUUGGUAUUAUUGACGGUCAUUGCGACGUGGGUGUUGAUGCUUUGCGUAUGGAUUUCGAAUUGGGAUUAGGGUUUGGCGUGGACAGGGAUUCUUUGCAGGGUGAUGACAGUAGUGGUUUUAUGGUUGAAAAUUAUGGUUCUGCUGGUAGUGGUGGGGAUGGUGACCACUUUUUCGUUGGAAGGAGGGUGUCUGGAUCUGAGUCCGUGGGAACGCCGUCUACGGCAAGCCGAAUUCGGCCUUUCGACAACUGUGUACGGCUCGUAGGGUUCGGGUCAGAUUCUGAUGAGGAGGAGAAUGGGGUUUUGGGUCCGCUCCCGCAUUCUGAAGAUGAAUAUAAUGUGCACGACGAGAACGACGAUGUUGCCAGCAUCCCUCUUUGCUGGGAUUCAUUUCAAUUGGAGGAUAACAGGGAGAAUACCGAAGAUUUUGAGUGGGAAGAAGUUGAUGGUCGGGUCGAUGAGAGGGAUAUUUUGAGCAUGCUCACUGGCGAGGAUGAUGCGUCUGUAUCAGUUUCCGUUUCUAUAAAUGGACUUGAAGAAGUAAGUGUUAUGAGAGCGGGAGGUGUGGAAAAUUUGGGUUGGGAAGUUUUGCUGAAUGCCAAUAAUUUGGACACGAACCCUGAUUUGGAUCACGAUGCAGAACCUUAUUUUGGUGAUCAUGAUGACUAUAUUUAUACUGCUGAGUACGAGAUGAUGUUUGGCCAAUUCGCUGACAAUGAGAAUCCCUUGGUUAGUCGGCCUCCAGCUUCCGUAUCAGUUGUUCAGAAUCUUCCAUCGGUGAUUGUGACCAAACAAGAUAUCGAGGACAAUGGUGCACUUUGUGCAGUUUGCAAGGAUGAGUUCAGUGUUGAAGAACAAGCGAAACAGUUGCCAUGUUCACAUUACUACCACGGAGAAUGCAUUAUUCCAUGGCUGGGAAUUCGGAACACGUGCCCUGUUUGUAGAUACGAGUUGCCUACUGAUGAUGCUGAUUAUGAGCGUAGGAGGAUGCAAAGAUCUGGCGGUAUUUUAUGAUGCUUAUUGGUUCAGAUAUGAUUUUGACCAUUUCUGGGCUUUAGGCUUGUUAAAGGUGUAGACUUUUUGGUUGAGGAGAAUUCAUCUCUAGUUAAUUUUCAAUACUUAAAGUUGUUGAGAUGAGUAGGAGAGUUUCUUUGAAUUGUAACUUCAGGCUACAUGAUAUAAAUGAAAUUAUUUGCGCAAAUUUGUCUA